UGGCAUAUGCGCGACACAUCCUGUGUACUCAUGAGGAAGUGUGGGCCCGGCCCUGUGUCUAUGUGUACAGAGAGUGUUUGAGAAGUGUGAGUGCGUGUCGUGUGUUUGGUCAUGCAUAGGAAAAUUUGUUUCUAAAGACAAAUAACGCGUCUUCGAGAGUCAUGCUUCAGAGGAGAGCUUCAAAUGCCUCAGAGAAAACAAGGAAUAAGCCAAAGCGCUCUUACAGCUUUGGCAGGUUCGACACGUCCAAAAACCAGCCCAAGCCGGAGGAACAUGAGAGCACUUCGGGACAGGGUGCUGAUGGCGAAUCGGCCGAGGGCGAUCAUAUCAAAGGGGGGUUAGGGAAGAAGAUGAAAGCCAUCUCACUGACCAUGCGCAAGAAGAUGGGGAAGAAAUACACCAGAGUUCUGUCGGAGGAAACGGGCGAAGGCGUAGAUGGAGACCAGGAAGCUGAAGGAGUGGCUAAAGCGAGUGAAGCUCCAGCCAAAGUCUGCACAAAGUCCAGUACCUCAGUGGAAAGUCUCUUCAGUCUCCACAGCGGCCAAAGCUCCUCCAGCAGUGGCAUCACCAGUGGCUCUGAGGGAUCAUGUAAUAGAGACAGUUUGAGGCUGGAGGAGGAAGUCCCAGACACCAUCCAGUUCUGUGGCAAAGCAAAAGUUCACACCGAUUUCAUCCCAAGCCCAUAUGACACAGAGUCUCUAAAACUCAAGGCCGGAGACUUGAUCGAUAUCAUCAGUAAACCGCCCAUGGGCAUAUGGACAGGCAUGCUGAAUGGCAAAGUGGGCAGCUUUAAGUUCAUCUACGUGGACGUCCUGACUGAGGAGCCUGCUCCAGUGCACAUCAUCAGAAACCGCAGGAAGAGCCGAAGACCUCGACCCAAAACGCUCCAGGAGUUCCUCGAGAGACUGAACCUGGAGGAAUUCAUGUCCUCGCUGUUGCUAAACGGUUAUCAGACAGUAGAAGAUCUGAAGGAUCUGAAAGAGCAGCACCUGAUUGAGUUGAACGUGACCGAUCCCGAGCACAGACACAAACUGCUGGCAGCUACCGAGUGUUUACACGACGUGGAGUCCAACAAUCUGAGAGAAGGAGAAGACGAUGAGGCGCCCAAAUCUCCGAUCGCGACGGCGAAAGCCGAGCCGGACGACUGCCCCAGAGACUCGGGCUGCUACAUCGCCUCGGACUGCUCCGACAACAGCAAAGAGGACGCAGAGAGCCACCUCUCUGCAUCUCUGUCCCCAUCACCGGCUGAGGUCUAACCACAAUGUGUUCCUACACUUAGAGAAUCUGACCUACAUCACACAAACACCACGGCCCUCGUGCAAGUGGGUCGGCGAUCGAUCUGUGUUAAUGUCAGGACCGUAGUCAUUUUCAGUGUGCAUCUGAAGCCUUGGUUUUGUUUUUGUUUUUGAACCGUCAGUCAAUCGUGCCAUGAUGCGUAGAAAUCCGAUUAUUCGUGUGGUGUACAAGUGUGUGUGCUGUUUCAAAUGAUCCAUAUAGAUCGCUCUUUUUAACCUUCAACUGUCAGUGUAAAUCAGAAAGAAAUAAAAACGAAAGCACUGUAAAUAGAAUGUAAAUAAUAUGUAAAAGAAAUAUAUAAUGUAUUUAGUAGUGAAAGUAAUAGACCUCAACCUAAAUAUACUCGAUAUAUUUUCUGCAAUAAAAGCACCAUGUUUUAAUUAUUGCUUUGGGUGGUUUUUAUUUAUUUAUUUAUUUAUUUAUUUAUUUAUUAUUUUUUUAAUAGUUUCCAUAAAUUGCACACAUGCUCUUUUCUGUGGAAUGACUAAAUCAUGCUGCUACUUUCAUUCUCAACAAGUUACACACUGCAGCUUUAAUCUCGAUCUCAAUUCUCAAUCACCAUUCCACGGUAAAGUGUGUGUGUGUGUGUGUGUGUGAGAGAGAGAAUGUUAUAUGUAAGUGAUGUUAAAUAAACCUGAUAUAUGUUCUACAUGUAUUGCUUUGUUUUAGGGUGGGCUUCCUUUCAAACCACUUCCGCAAAGCGGGCGUGCCUUUUGCUGCGUUAUGGAUUAACCGAGUUCGGGAUUAAAGUGGCAGUAUGUAACUUUUUUUUUUUGUCGUUAAACGUGAAAGUAACAGCAUGACUGAGUCAGUAAAAUGAAUGCCCCACCAUACUGAACGAAAUAUGACUACUAACACAGAAUCCCAUUUCUUAAAUACAAAGAAAACACUGUAACCGAACAUGUAAAAUAUGAGUGCUGUAUUAGUAUGAAUUCAUGAUAAUAUCUCCGUCUCAGUGAACCACCUACGCGACAUCAUACCAUAAUCAGAGCUUUCGAUCGGGACGUCGUAGUCUUCCAGGAAGAUCACGAAGAUGUACACAACACCGCAGUUUACCUUUAUUUAUUUUGUCCAGUGGCUCAUUUUUGUUGCUGCUGCCGUUUUUUUUUUAAUAAAAAAAUUCACUUCCUACGAAUGAAAUACA